UGGUGGCACUCGGUGGGAAGCGGCUCCUGUAGUUGUUGCCACGUCGGAAUAGUUGGGGGACCUUAUUAAUUCAUUUUAGAAAGCAUAAGUAACACAUUUCUGGAGCGUUUCUCCAUUCGCUGCCGUCAUGGUUUCCGUUAUUAACACGGUGGACACCUCCCAUGAGGACAUGAUCCACGAUGCCCAGAUGGACUACUACGGGACUCGGCUCGCCACCUGUUCCUCUGACCGCACCGUCAAGAUCUUUGAUGUCAGAAACGGAGGGCAGAUUCUGGUCGCAGACCUUAGAGGCCACGAGGGUCCCGUGUGGCAAGUAGCCUGGGCUCACCCGAUGUUCGGCAACAUCCUGGCUUCGUGUUCCUACGAUCGCAAAGUCAUCAUCUGGAAGGAGGAGAACGGAGCCUGGGACAAGAUGUACGAGUACACCGGACAUGAGUCUUCAGUGAACUCUGUCUGCUGGGGUCCCUAUGACUUUGGUCUGAUUCUGGCCUGCGGCAGCUCUGACGGAGCCAUUUCCCUCCUCACAUUCACCGGAGAUCAGCAGUGGGACGUCAAGAAGAUCAGCAACGCACACACUAUUGGCUGUAACGCCGUGAGUUGGGCUCCCGCUGUAGUUCCAGGCAGCCUGAUCGAUCAGCCAUCAGGACAGAAACCAAACUACGUGAAGCGCUUCGUAUCCGGAGGCUGUGACAACCUGGUAAAACUCUGGAAAGAGGAGGACGGUCAGUGGAAGGAGGAUCAGAAGCUUGAGGCUCACAGUGAUUGGGUGAGAGACGUCGGCUGGGCUCCCUCUAUUGGUCUUCCCACCAGCACCAUCGCCAGCUGCUCUCAGGACGGACGUGUGUUUAUCUGGACGUGCGACGACCCUGCAGGCAACACCUGGACAGCCAAACUGCUGCACAAAUUCAACGAUGUGGUCUGGCACGUCAGCUGGUCUAUUACUGGAAAUAUACUGGCUGUUUCUGGAGGAGACAACAAGGUGACGCUGUGGAAGGAGUCGAUGGACGGCCAGUGGGCGUGCAUCAGUGACGUCAGCAAAGGCCAGGGCGCCGUGUCCACCAUCACAGACACACAGCAGAACGAGCAGUGACACUCGCAUGAACACACACAUUACAGCGACCCCCGACCACGUGAGGUCGACCCCAGUCUGGAAAGAUGAAUGAAUGAAUAAACGCGCUGGACAUUUGGACCGAACACAGGGCGUCCACAGUGAUCGAGCUCGUCUUCUUCAGCCUCAAAUGUACCAGAAUAAAUAUUUCUAAAUGUCAUCUUUCGCUGUUCAAAGAUGGAGAGUCUCUGCUUUGUUUGGUGAUGUUUAGAAAUACAAACAUGAUCAGUAACUACUUUUUUUUUAUCAGACGCACUCCACUAUUUCUGUUCAAGCUUCUUCCCAGUUUAUAGUUUCCACAUGUUCUUGAAUGCUGGUCCAAAUAAAAUGAAAAACAAGAUCUGUAUCUAUACGCCCACCCUC